AUGCAGUCUCAGAUAUCAAAACUUGCCAUUGGCAACACUCGGUCAUGGCAUCAACAAGCCUACCUCAACCUCGUAAAAAAUACCACUUGUUUGAACCAGCUGCGGAAUCAAUCCCGAUCCUCUGUUAGAUCAUUCGUGACACUUAAAUACCGCCCUGAACCUACCGAUUACAAUCGCCAACAGAUCAGAGAAGAGCGACAGCCGACUGGAAGACUACAAUAUGUGAAUGUAGGCGAGGAUAAGCUCAAUGGACCCAAUAAGUAUCUUUAUACAAUGCCAACAGAUCCCUAUAUUGCCUCGAACAGAAUCAACCAAAUAAUCAAAACCUCCACAUUGGAUGACGCUUUAAACUUUGUAAACUGUUUACCAAACCGCCUUCAGUCAACAAUUCUCUGGAACCAAUUGAUAGCAGAAUGUGCUUCCCAAUCAAAAGCCAAUAUGGCCCAUACACUUUUCGUAAGAAUGCGUAAGAAGGGUUUGCCACCUAAUGAACGCACAUUUACACUCUUAAUAUCAUGUUUCCGCAAAAGCACUUCACCCACAGCUGGAGAACGAGCAAAAGAGGUUUUGGUCCGGAUGAGAGAAUACAAUUUUAAACCAACCACCAUACACAUCAAUGCAUUAUUGGGAGUGUACGGAAAGCUAGGCCAAAUCGACAACAUCCUCCAUAAUCUCGAAGAUAUGAAGGACAAUGAUAUCCAGCCAGACCAUAUCACUUACACCAUUGCCCUCUCACAUUGCCAUCUCCUGCCCGAGGGAGACGCCGUGAAAACAGUCCAGCGACUGUGGAAAGAGAUCGAAGAUCGAGUAGAGUUAUCCUCAGAGACAUUUAAACAAAAAAGAACAAACUAUUCACCAUCACAAGAAGAGGAAAACGGCAACGGUAGCCCUGUGUCAUUACUGGCACGCAAAGCAGCCAAAGUAUCGGCGACAGAGCGAUCGAUGAAAAAGGACAGGUUUCGUUUGAGCCGAGAGACCAGAGAAAUCCCACGUUUCUUACCAGAUGACUCUUUGAUCACCGCAUUCUUACUGGCUCUUUCACGUACUGCCAUAGACAGCUCAGACCUCUGGUUUGGUGUGCGUACUAUUGAAAAGCUAUACGGGAUUCGUCCAACCCAAGUGACACGGAUGAUGGAGGAGCAAAAGAUGGAUACUGAAAUUAAAGCAAACUACCACCUCAGAGUCACACCCAAGAGUCUGUAUGGUAUUAUGCGCUUCUGUGGUGGGUUGGGGCAAUACAAACUUGGCGAGGAGUAUUGCCAUUUGGCUCUCAGUGAGGACUCAGAUCUGGAAUUUGAUAAAGACUGCUCGGUUGUGUACGAAUGGCUAGAGAGAGAAGCCAAAAAAAAGGUUGCUACUGAUUCAAAAAGAUGGAGAACACGAAAAGAACCAGCAACAGGACCAAUUCGUAAAAGCUAUACAUUUAAUACUAGAAAUCAAUAA